CCUCUGUCCUGCUCAGGGAAUUAGCCUUUCUUUAUUUCCCCCCUGUACCGCUACCUCCCUCCUUCCCUCGCAUGCCCUGUGCACGCACCUCACAGAGCGAGCCUCCAUCCAGCGGCAUCUCAUCGGGACAGACAAUGGAGCUCAGUAUUUAGGACACUUGGCAGGGUAUGCAUGUUGGGAGGGGGCGGACUACGGGGACAGGGGCUGCUAAGUAGCUCAUCUCGCCUCCUCGAUACAGGCAUGGCAGCGCUACACUGCAAGGAGAACCAGGCAGUCCCGCGAAUGUUCUAUCCGCUGAGCGUCUAGCUGAAGCCCCUCCACCAGGCAGUUGUCACGUGGACAUCAUGUCAAACCUCAGCCUGCUCCUCUGUCUCCUGCUGCUGCUCUUUGGCUCCCUCGCAGAUACAUCUAUGCAUGAGGAGGAACCUGACUUUUAUGGAGAUGAAGCCACAGGUUACGGGCCGGUGUUUAUGGAGCAGCCGGUGGACACCAUCUACCCCGAGGAGUCACCCGAGGACAAAAUCACCAUGACCUGCCGGGCCCGAGCCAGUCCACCUGCCACAUACAAAUGGAUGCUGGACGGUGUAGAAAUCGACCUUAGCGCUGAACACAAACACUACACAUUGUCGGAAGGGAACUUGGUCAUCAGCGAGCCCGUCAAAAACAAACACGAGGGGAGGUAUUCCUGCUUGGCCAGCAACACGUACGGGACGAUCAUCAGUCGAGAUGCCUCGGUCCAGUUCGGAUAUUUGGACCUUUUCUCAUCAGAGGAAAGGGAGUCGGUAUAUGUCAAAGAAGGACAGGGGGCAGUUCUUCUCUGUGCUCCACCUCCACAUCAUCCAGCCGACCUGUCGUUCCGGUGGAUCCUCAAUGAGUUCCCCACCUUCAUCCCGCCCGACAAAAGGCGCUUCGUCUCGCAGAUAACGGGCAACCUUUACAUCUCUAAAGUGGAGGCCUCGGACAGCGGCAACUACUCGUGCAUCGCGUCCAGCUCCUCCAUCUCCAAGAGCGUCUUCUCCAACUACAUUCCGCUCGUGCCCCUCAGUGAACGUGCCAUCAGGAAGUACCCGGCUGACCUCAACGUCAAGUUCCCAGACACCACCACUCUGGCGGGGCACAACAUCACUUUGGAAUGCUUUGCUUUGGGGAACCCCGUCCCAGAGAUCCGCUGGAGGAAGUUGAACGGAGAGCUUCCACCCAACCAUGAGGUGCGCAUGGCGGGGGCUCACCUGCACCUGUACAACGUGCGGUCAGAAGACGGCGGCUCGUAUCAGUGCGAGGCAGCCAACUCCAAGGGAAAGGACUACCACAGUGCACUUUUGUCUGUGGAAGCUUUUCCUGAGUGGGUGGAGCACAUCAGCAACGCAGAUAAAGACCUCGGCAGCGCCUACACCAUGUCCUGCUUGGCCAGGGGCAAACCCAAACCGCACAUCCGCUGGCUGAAGAACGGAGAACCGUUGGACAGAAAAGAGAUGGUGUUCAACAACCUGACAUUUGAAGACUCCGGGAUGUACCAGUGCAUCGCUGAGAAUCCCCACGGAGUCAUCUUUGCCAUCGCGGAGCUGCGUGUGUUUGACUGCGCUCCCACCUUCGAACACAACCCGAUCAAGCACGUCCUCGCUCCUAGAAACGGCCGAGUGUUGAUCAAGUGUCGACCCAAAGCCGCACCCAAGCCGAAAGUCUCGUGGAGCAAGGACACCGAGCUGCUGACCAACUCCAGCAGGAUGUUCAUCUGGGAGGACGGUAGCUUGGAGAUCCUCAACGUGACCCGCACAGACGAGGGCAGGUACACCUGCUUUGCCCACAACAACCUGGGCAAGGCCAACAGCACGGGCUCUCUAACGGUAACAGACUCCACAAAGAUCACCUUGGCCCCCUCCAACGCCGAUGUCAAAGUGAGGGAAAACGCCUGGAUGCAGUGCGCCGCGUCACAUGACUCCUCCCUGGACAUCGUCUUCAUCUGGUCCCUGGACGGCCGAGUCAUCGACCUCGACAAGGACAGCCAGCAUUACGAACGCACCCCGAACGGGAGCUCAGCUGGCGAGCUGAUGAUCAAGAAUGCCCAGUUGAAGCACGCUGGGAUUUACACCUGCGCAGCACAGACGACCGUGGACAACGUGACCUCCUCUGCCAGCCUGGUCGUAAGAGGACCCCCCGGGGCUCCGGCGGGGCUGCGAGUGAUAGACAAAAGUGACAAGAACGUAGCGCUGCAGUGGAGCCGUGGAGCAGACAACCACAGCCCUAUCUCCAAAUAUACCAUCCAGUAUAGGGACGCCUUCUCCCCGGACGUGUGGAAGAACGCCACCACAUCUCCACCAGACAUUGAAGGGAACGCAGAGACGGCCACUGUGGUGGACUUGGUGCCCUGGUCCGAGUACGAUUUCAGGGUGAUCGCUACCAACACACUGGGCACAGGCACCCCGAGCAUCCCAUCUCACAAAGCGAAAACCCUGGCCUCAAGUCCUGUGGUGGCGCCCUCGGAUGUGGGCGGAGGCGGCGGGACAAACAGGGAGCUGACCAUCACGUGGACGCCUGUCCAGGAGCAGUACUACUACGGGCCUUACUUUGGCUACAUCGUGGCCUUCAAACCUCGAGCCGGCGUUGAGUGGACACAGGUGACCGUGUCGGACCCCCAAGCCGAACGCUACGUGCACAAAGAUCCCUCCAUCGCUCCUGCGACAGAGUUCAUUGUGAAAAUCCAAGCAUACAACAGCAAAGGGGAGGGACCCUACAGUCUGCCGCAGACCAUUUUUUCCGCGCAAGAUGCACUCACCGAUGCUCCCGGAAGCAUUGACGGCAAAGCGCUCUCUGCCACCGAAGCUGUUGUAUGGUGGAUCCCUAUCUCACAGAGCAACAUAGACGGAUACCAGGUUAAGUACUGGAGAAAACAGGAAGACAGUGAAGGGGGUGCCCACAGAGUGGUGGUGUCCAGUAGGGAAAACCAUACCAGAGUGGACGGAAUGAAGCCCGACUCCCUUUACCUCAUUGAGAUCCGGGGCUACAACUCCGCGGGAUAUGGGCCGGCGAGCGAGCGCCUUGAGAUCCACACCAAGAAACCGCCUCCUGGUCAAGCCCCUAGAAUCAUAAGUAAAAAGUUCAAGGGCAAGGCGGUAAACGUCGCCUGGGAACACGUGGAGACACUGGCAAACGAGGCACCAGUGGACGGUUACAAAGUGCUGUACAGGCCACAGGGUCAAUCUACAGGCACGCUGUACAUGACCAAAUGGCGGCACAUUGAACUCCCCCUCUUUGAAAACGAGACCUACGUGGUGGAGGUCCGAGCGUAUACGGAGGGCGGCGACGGAGCUGUGUCACAUAUCUUCAUUAUGGGAGGAAGUAUCAUGGCCACCCAGCCUCUCAGCACACUCGGCCUUCUCCUGGUGGCCGUUCUCUGCCUGAACCUCUGAAUGUAGCACCAUCUUUCUCUUCGCCUCCACGUGAAGAACACUAUUUUACGGUUGACCACCUAGAUGGACUUUUGGGACUCUUUUCACAAUUGUUCGGUUCCUCUCAUUCCAACUCUUCCCCCUUCCGGAAGAUUCUUGUGGGAAUAGAUGGAAACACACGGAAAUGGGCAUCCCUUAUUUAUCCAUAAAAAGCCUCUUUGGAGGAGUAUCAAAGGAGCUCUGUCAACUUUUUCGAAAUAUGCCUUAUGUAAAUGUCUGCACUAAUCUUUCACAAUAACUUCUUUCAAAACACAUCAGUUUUGGGAUUUUCUUUUUAUACAAACGAAAUACAGGAAGUCCUCGAGUUACGACGUACUCGACCUACGACGUUUCGACUUUACGACGCCCGUGCCUCGUCCGCCAUUUUGUCCCAGCACCAUAGUGUUUCUGCUUAGCAAGUGCAUAGUGCUUGUCUGUGUUUGAGCGCCGGGAGUAUCUUUGCCUUUUUCGCCCUCCUUUUUUCACACUCUCAGCAGUAAUGGUAAGUACAGCAUCUUAUUUUUUUAAUUUUAAUGUAUUUUAGUUUCUUUAUACGAAGUGUUAACCUUUCCUGCUACGGUCACCUGACCGUGGUCGGGAGACGCAGGGGAGACGCCUUCUCCAGGGCCGAGGUUGUCCUCCUCGGGGUUAACUCCCUUCUCUCGUUGCACAGCUGAGCUGGGUGGCGGCAACAAUAAAGGCACGAAGCACCGAUUUGCUGCUUUAAUGACUUUAUUAGCUCCUCUGCACAUUCGACGUCAACGGGUCCUCCGCUAAUCGCUACUCUUCCCCGGUCGCCGUCACUACACUUGCCACUGUACACACUCGCACCUGCGCGCACUCCUUCCUCCUUCGCAGUCCCGUCUCACUCACACACACUGAGCUUGCUGUCACAAUCACAUGGGACAAUACCCGUAACAGAAGUAUUUUGAGGUAAAUUUCGACUUUAACGGUGAAAUCCGACUUACGCGGAAAUUCGGGUUACGUCGCCAGCGUAGGAACGGAACUCGUUUGUAAAUCGAGGACUUCCUGUAAUCCACACUGCAUCCCAUAGUUUGGAGCUCAACAAUCAUCUGUGAAGGAUAAGUGCACGCGUUUACGAGUAUCUCUAUACUGUACGUCUUUCUUUACCUGCACUUCAGUUCCAUUUUAGCGUUUGUUUUCAUACUAAAAGUGAAGUACAGCCUCUGUUAAGUGGAUACAGUUAAAGCAAAGCUCAACCUGCCCAACCAUUGCUUAACCUCAUUGAAAAAAAAGACCCCACAUGGUCAAGUCAAUACAGUAUUUCCUAAUGUAAUGGCCAGGGAUGCAGAGAGUACCAGGCUUCUUUUAGAGGUUAGGCAUUCACUAAAAAGAGGGUUUUAAUUGUACACAUUAACUUUUAGAAAAGCAGUGUAUAUAUUUUUAAUCAUAUUCAAAUAAUGAUACUGAAUUCAAACGAUAUUUAUUAGAUUAAAUACAACUCCAAUUCCAAUGAAGUUUGGACGUUGUGUUAAACAUAAAUGAAAACAGAAUACCAUGAUUUGCAACAAUCAUGUUCAACCAUUCUGCACGUGUUACAACAGUGUGGCUUCGUAGUAAAAGAGUGCGGGUACUAGACUGGACUGCCUGUCUCCCAUUGAAAAUGUGUGGCGCAUUAUGAAGCGUAAAAUACGACAUCGGAGAAUCCGGACUGUUGAAUAGCUGAAGCUGCAUAUCAAGCAAGAAUGGGAAAGAAUUCCAUCUACAAAGCUUCAAAAAUUAGUGUCCUCCGUUCCCAAACGUUUAUUGAAUGUUGUUAAAAGGAAAGGUGAUGUAACACAGUGGUAAACAUGACCCUGUCCCAGCUUUUUUGGAACGUGUUGCAGCCAUAAAAUUCUAGGUUUAUGAUUAUUUGCUAAAAACAAUCAAGUUUAUCAGUUUGAACAUUAAAUAUCUUGUCUUUGUAGUGUAUUCAAUUAAACAUAGGUUGAACAUGAUUUGUAAAUCAUUGUAUUCUGUUUUUAUUUAUGUUUAACACAACGUCCCAACAUUAUUGGAAUUGGGGUUGGAUAUGUAAUAUAUUAUUUAGUUUUCCCCCAAUCCCAUUUAGCAGCUUUUUCUGGGAAGCUCCUUCUUCAGCUUUACAGAUGCCACUUCCGCUCUGCAGGCGGUGUGUGUGUUGCACAUUUUCAUAGGAACAGUAAUUACGUUUAUUUGGGGUGCGACGUUUGUUUAAUCAAAUGGACUAAUUGAGGCUUAGAAUGGAGGCUACUGUUUGAGGAAAUAUGGUACUUAAAUCCUUUGUGUUUACUAUUUUUAUCAGUUGUAUGCUGCCAACUUUUGGGGGAACCAUUUUGGACAGAGUGCAUUAAUGGUUAGUAUGUCUGCCUCACAGUUCUGAGGUUCUGGGUUUGAAUCUCCGCUCUGGCCUUCCUGUGUGGAGUUUGCAUUUUCUCCACAUCUCCUUAGGUGUGAAUGUGAAUGUGAAUGCUUGUUUGUCCACAGUACACCACUCACAAAAGGUUAAGGGUAUUCAGUUUUCGGGUGAAAGGUCAGCAUGAACCUAAAAUGCCCUAUCACGUUUACAGGUGAAGUUAAUUUGACCUUCUCUAAAUUUUUAAACGAACACGUCCAGCAAACAGGAGAUGAACAGCAAAGAUAAUUUUUCCCCCAAAGACUUCUAUUUCUUUGCUUUCUGUGACUCGUCCAGUCUCUCUUUUGCAAAUUGCUGUUGACACUGCGUGUCACUCGAAGCUCAGUGGCCACGGCUAGAUCCUAUUGAUCAAUUGUUUGGUGUUUUUCUUUUUAAUCUCAUGAUGUCAAAAUGUGAAGACCAUAACGAAGAAGGACUGUUUGAAUACAAAUUCUAAUUGAACCGAGAAAUAUAUUGGCCAAUUCAUGGAUCAAAUGCCUAUUGUGAAUUUUUCCAUUCAGUUCCUUGAUUGAGAACAGCAAGCUGUGCAAAACGUACUGAAACAUUAAACAGCUGGUCGUGUAUUUAAAAGUAUAGAGAAGGUCGAAUGAAGUUCACUUGUCAAGAUUAUAGUACAUUUUAGGUUCAUUCUGAAAUUUCGCCCGAAAUCCCAAUUAUUUCUAAAUUUUUGUGACUAGUGUCUGUGAUUUGCUGGCAACCUCUCACCCAAAGUCAGUUGGAAUAGUUUGCAGUGCACCCAGCACCCAAAUAAGCACAAAUGCUAUAAAAAGGCAAUGGCACCAUCCUGGGCAGUGGGGAGCAUUUAUUUGAGUUGCGGGGUUAUUUAUUCAAGUGGACGACAAACCCAGUGACUAAUUGAGGUACAGUUUCCAUUGAAGUUGAAGCUACUAUUUGAGGUAAUACGGUACUUUUAUCAAUUGUAUGCUGGCAGCUUUCACGGGAACAAUUUGGGUUGAAUGGGCUCCCGGUGCACAAAUUAAGGCAUUUUUCUUCAAUUUGUACUUCCUGUAGGUGUAACGACCAUCUACUUUUUGUCUUUCAAGUGUACUUAGGGCCGCAGAAAACGCUCUAAUCUUCGGACGGCAGCAAUGAUUCAGCUAAAAUGUACGCGGGUGAACAAAGCACACCACAGAAGUUUAUGAACUUAGUACUCAGACAUGAGCAGAGGAGGCCCUCAACAUGCUGACACUGCCAGACUAACUGUUUGCUGUAACAUUACCAACUGGGGAAGCACAAAAGCAGAUGCUUGGAUUGAAAGUGAGAGAGGACGUUAUUAUCAACACAGGAAAAGUCAUCUUCUGUCCUGGCAUGUGACUCUGAGUGACUUUAAUUUAUGAUGCUCAAUGCUUAGAAGGUUUUGUUUUGGAUGAGAGCCACUUUUUUCACAGGCUGCAUUGUCACAGAUUAGCAGUUUUAAUAACUUAGAUGGAUUUAACUGAGUAUCUGUAUAGCUCCUCAUUCAUUUGUGUUGUUUGUUCAUGAGUCAACUGGAUUGAAUGAUUUGUUGACAUUGAAGCAUAUGCAAAAAUGCUGACAAUAUAUCCAUGCUUGUUGGCUUGAGCUAUUUUUGCUUUGGCUGGAUCAUAAAAAAUGUGUCGGAAUCGGUUGGUGUUUUUUUUUUUUUGAAGUGAAGUUUCCAUCAUGCAGUCCAGUACAGUUCGGUUUGCCACGGUACGCUUCAGAUUGGUGUAAUCCAACCAAUCUCUGUGGCCCAAUCGGUGGACAACAACGUCUCUAGCUUUUCCCUACACAGGCAAACUGUUUCGUACUGAUCCAAAAAGGCCUGAUAUUUUGGGACAUUUAGAAUGAAAACAUCAAUAAUGUGUACCCAACUGAACCCAGAGGAAGCUUCGGCUAUAUCAUGAAAAAAAAUAUCAGAAUCAGUUUGUGUGUUUUUUUUUUUAUUAAAUGUAAAUUUUCCACCAAGCCUUACAGUUCGGAUCAGAGCGCCAUGGUACAGUUCAGAUUGGAAAGCGUGGUAAUACGCGGAAUGGAGAUAACUGCGACAUUUACGUAAAUAGUGUGACAAAAAACAACCCAACCAACAAAUGCAACAAACGACGUAAGAUCAUGUUUCAUAAUACGUAAUAUAUAUUAAAAACAACAAAGAACUGAAUUUAAGUGAACUGAACAUACCUUUAGUGAUAAGUGGAAACAGGGCUGUAGCUUUGUGCGCAAGAGUCAUUGUUUUUAGUUAGUGACACUGGUGCCAACUUAGCACUUAUCUCAUUUAUACGUGGCAACGUUUUUUUCCCCAUAACAGGACAACAUGCCUAGCUCUUCUUACUACCAUGUUUUAUUGUUACGAAACAGACAAUAAUGCUCAUUAUUUUCCCCAAACAUUAUCCAUGUCGUGUGUCCAUUUACAACUUUUUCUUUUUUCUUUUUACAAUUUUAACUUCCCUCAAUCGAAGGAUGAAAAUGCAGCAUUUAGAUUAGAUGGCGGCCAUUCUUUCGAUGUUGUGACCAUCCACCGCAAAGUGCUUCUCCCAGUUUCCCCCUUCCAUGCAACACAUGAGUGCAAAUGGUUGCCAAAUGCAAUGCAUGAUUGCCUUGAAAGUUAGUGACAUUUUUUUUUCUUUCAAAACUGUGGCGCUCACAUUCUAACGUGAAUGAGAGAUACAUUCCAUCCUGCGUGGCAUCCCUUUUCCAGCUAUACCUAAUCUGUGCUUUCGUUGCUUGUCAUGAACGGUUUGGGAGUGUUUUUUUUUUUGUUUUUGUUUUUUUUCUAGAAGCAUCUAAAGCUUAGUUGCCACACGUAUGGGAUCAAACUGGAACUGCUCGUUGGCUGAACAAGAAACAAUAAAAGUGUAGUCAACUA